AUGCCCUCUGAAAAGCCCCUGUCAGAAGGCAGUCCUCAGGAGCAAAGUUCUGGAGCAGGUAGAAAUGACUCCUGUCCAGAGGAAGCAACAACGUCCAGACAAGGAAGCCACUCAUCUCCUGGUGACAGUCAUGCCAGGGACCUUUGGUGGGAGGACUGUGAUCCUGAGGAUGAGCCAUCUACAUCGUCUGCGGGAGUUUCUUCCAGAGUGUCGAGGAAAGCACCGGCUCUGCUGCAUAUUGACCGGCAGCAGAUCCAGCCUGUGGGGCAGUGCGCUCAGGCAGAGGAGCUCAGAGGCCUUGGCGUUGAUGUGUACGACCAGGAAGUGCUGGAGCAAGGCGUCCUCAAGCAGGUGGACGAUGCAAUAAACGAAGCGAACAAGGCGGUUCGUAUUGCUGAAGCGGAAAAGGAUUACCAGUCAGUCCUGGAUGACCUCAGGUCAUGUACGGCGUCCCUGAAACAAAUCGGUACAAUUAUUGAACAGCUCACUCCUCACGCUGCAACCAGCAAAGAUAUUAACAGAAAACUAGAUUCUGUGAAGCGGCAGAAAUACAACAAGGAGCAGCAGUUGAAAAAGAUCAGAGCAAAGCAAAGGCACCUUGAAGCUGUCCUUGGGAAAAAGACUCCCGAUGGAACAAACGAUGCUGAAUGGGAGGAAAUUGAAGAAGCUGGCCCCUCGUCCCUUGGCAGUAUGCUUACACCAGUGCAGGAAACGGAGUGGGAGGCACUUAUUCGUACUGGUCAGAUGACUCCUUUUGGAACAAAAAUACCCCAGAAGGAAGAGAAGAAGCCCCGCCGGGUCAUGCUCAAUGAAUCGUCUGACUUUGACAAGUAUUUGGCGGAUCAAGCCAAGCUCUCCUUUGAAAGGAAGAGGCCGUCCGUUCGUAAGGGAGCCAAGCGGAAAGCGAGUUCAGAGAACGGUCCAGCCAGAACUCCAGGGCGUGGCAUCAAAGGCAAAGGGGACAAGGGGAAGCGCCGGUCCAAAACAGACGGUUGUCUGCAGAAGCACAUGAGGAAGCUGCAGAACCACGUCCUCCACAUUCAGUCCAAGGGCAGACUUCCGAGGGCCCAGGAGAGACAGGGAGCGGGUCCGCCCGAGGAGAGUGAAGAGUCUGAAUGUGCCCGUGAGGAAGAGCUUUCCGGCCCCGAGGAUGAACUGCUUCAUGUCCGUGAUGACGCCGAUGACUACCAAGUGAACCCUCCGCUGCGGAGAAGGACAAAUCCGUCACUGACAGAGUUUCCGGAAGAACCCGAGGAGGAUGACUUUUCCCCAAGCUCCGACGAAGAGGAAGAAGAUUCUGUCAGAAAGCGCAGCAUAAAGCGAUGCAAAGACGAUGGCGACGUAGAGUACUACAAACAGAGGCUGAGGAGGUGGCGAAAACAGCAGCUGAAAGACCGCCACGGGCGACUGAUGGCAGGGGAAGAUCCGGACGAAAGCGAUGCCGAAUUUGACGAGAGUUUCCGUGUGCCAGGUUUUCUCUAUAAGAAGCUUUUCAAGUACCAGCAGACAGGUGUUAGGUGGCUCUGGGAAUUGCACGGCCAGCAGGCGGGAGGAAUUCUGGGAGACGAGAUGGGAUUGGGCAAAACCAUCCAGAUAAUUGCCUUCUUGGCAGGUCUCAGCUACAGCAAGAUCAGGACUCGCGGUUCAAAUUACAGGUUCAGAGGCCUGGGCCCAACAGUGAUUGUAUGUCCGGCCACUGUGAUGCAUCAGUGGGUGAAAGAGUUCCAUACUUGGUGGCCUCCGUUCCGAGUGGCAAUUCUUCACGAGACGGGCUCUUAUGCCAACAAAAAGGUGAAGCUGAUUCGAGAGAUUGUAGCCUGUAAUGGUAUUUUGAUCACCUCCUAUUCGUUUAUUCGCUUGCUGCAAGACAGCAUCCACGGUUAUGACUGGCACUACGUGAUUCUAGAUGAGGGGCAUAAAAUCCGGAACCCAAAUGCUGCGGUUACAGUUGCUUGCAAACAGUUCCGCACUCCGCAUCGAAUCAUCUUGUCUGGCUCACCGAUGCAAAACAACCUAAAGGAGCUCUGGUCUCUCAUUGACUUCGUAUUUCCUGGGAAACUUGGAACACUGCCUGUCUUCAUGGAGCAAUUUUCCGUUCCGAUAACCAUGGGGGGUUAUGCCAAUGCCUCUCCAGUCCAGGUGAAAACUGCCUACAGAUGUGCUUGUGUUUUGCGGGAUACCAUUAAUCCUUACCUGCUGCGAAGGAUGAAGUCAGAUGUCCAAAUGAGCCUCUCGCUACCAGAUAAGAAUGAACAGGUUCUGUUUUGCCGCUUGACAGAUGAGCAAUACCAAGUUUACAAGAACUUUAUCGAUUCCAAAGAAGUUUAUCAGAUGCUCAAUGGAGACAUGCAGAUUUUCUCCGGACUGAUCACCUUGAGAAAGAUCUGCAACCACCCAGACCUCUCCUCCGGGGGGCCGAAGAUUUUGAAGGGUGUUCCCGAUGAAGAGUUGGACGAAGAGGACCAUUUUGGUUACUGGAAGCGUUCCGGGAAAAUGAUAGUCAUUGAGUCUCUGCUGAAAAUCUGGCGCAAGCAGGGCCACAGAGUGCUGCUCUUCACGCAGUCGCGGCAGAUGCUGCACAUCUUGGAAGCGUUUCUGAAGCAGAAGAGCUAUUCCUACUUGAAAAUGGACGGCACCACAGCAGUCGGGUCGAGGCAGCCGCUUGUGGCAAGGUACAACGAGGAUGCUUCCAUAUUUGUAUUCCUCCUUACGACCCGGGUCGGCGGGCUUGGCAUAAACCUGACAGGGGCAGACAGAGUGAUCAUCUAUGACCCAGACUGGAAUCCCAGCACAGAUACCCAGGCUCGAGAGCGUGCGUGGCGAAUUGGGCAGACGAAAGAGGUGACGGUUUACAGGCUUCUUACUGCAGGGACCAUUGAAGAAAAGAUUUACCACAGGCAAAUCUUCAAGCAGUUCCUCACAAACAGAGUGUUGAAAGACCCAAAGCAAAGGCGCUUUUUCAAACCCAAUGAUCUCUAUGAACUCUUCACCUUGACCAGCCCAGAUGGGACUCAGGGGACAGAAACCAGUGCUAUUUUUGCAGGCACUGGUUCUGACAUCCCCACACCCAAGAGAGCACCGAAGCGCAAAUCUGUGGCCCUCACCGGGGCUUCUAAAACACACUCUCCUCCUUCCGAGCACAUGUCAACCAAACUCAGCAAACUGUCCGAUUCCUUCUCAGCAAGGCAGUGUGCCAGGUCCCCUACCACUACAGUGGAUUCCGUUCAGAAUACCGAGGAAACUGCAGAAGCAUUCCUGCGGACUUCUAACUUCCCAAAGGAGGAUGCCCACAUCACGACUGGUAAUAUGGAUGAUUCACUCCCCAGAGAGGAAGAGAAGGGUCUGAAAACCCCUGAGAACAGGGAAUCUGAGGAUGCGGGACAUUUGAACUCCUUUUCUGUUGGAGAAUCAAGUGCCGGUGGAGCGAGGCAGCAGAAUUCUGCACAUGGAAAUACCAGCCAGUGUAAGGAGCAAGAUGGAGGCUUUGGGAGUGAGCGAUCAGACAACAGUCCCAACAAGUGCACUUCGAAAUCCAAACACGGCCGUCGAGAGCAUGAAGGCGGCAGGGGCCCGUUGAAGAGGGCCAGGAGCUCUCGCGACGCCAGGUUCGAGGGCGAGCGGAUUCCUCAUCUCGUGAAGAAAAGGAAGUACCAGAGGGAAGACAAGAAGGAAGAGAGAGAUUCCAAGAAAAGCGAUGAUUACGUUCUGGAGAAGCUGUUCAAAAAAUCAGGCAUCCAUAGUGUCAUGAAGCACGAUGCCAUCGUGGAGGCCUCCAGUCCAGACUACGUGCUGGUGGAAGCGGAAGCCAAUCGCGUUGCCCAGGAUGCUCUUCGAGCUUUGAAACUCUCCCGGCAGCGGUCCCGAGGAGCCGCGUCUGGCGUGCCCACUUGGACUGGCCCCAGUGGCCCAUCAGGCUCACCAGGAAGAGUCAACAGGUUUGGGCAGAAGAAGAACCCAGCCUUGGCAGUGCCGCUGUCAUCUUCUCCAUCCCCGGGAGCGGGUUGCAAGGACACUGAAAGAGCGAGGAAGGAGAGCAAGAGCAGCGCUCCCUUUGACGGCCGGGGCGGGGAAGGAGAGGCCUCUGCAGCUCCCCUGGACUCCUCCUCUCUGCUGGCCAAAAUGAGGGCAAGAAACCACCUGGUCGGACCCUGGAGAAGGGACGGUGUGAGAGAGGAGAGCCCCCUGCCGGCAUCAGGGGCUGCGCCCCCUACAGAGACGGAACACGAUGAGUUGCUUGUAGAUAUUCGAAACUUCAUCGCCUUCCAAGCCCAGGUGGAUGGUCAGGCCACCACUCGGGAGCUCCUGCAGGAGUUUGAGUCCAAGCUGACUGUGGAGCAGUCUUGCAUCUUUCGAGAACUCUUGAGGAAUCUCUGCACUUUUCAUAGAAGCCCCAGCGGGGAGGGACUCUGGAAACUCAAGCCAGAAUUUUCCUGAUGGCGCUCUUGUGGCUGACACGGUCCGACCCUCUUAGUGGCUCUUUUAAAACUGACAGACGGGUUUUUGUAUUUGCGUUCCUUGUACGUCAUGAACUGAUGCACGUGGGUUGCACUUAACUCUGCCUCCAGGUGCUGUUCUACGCCAGCGGUGCUCUCUACCUCACAGGGCAGCAAUAAGAGGC